AUGUCAGGAGAGAUCAGGCGGAAGUUGGUCAUUGUCGGUGAUGGUGCUUGUGGUAAAACAUGUCUCCUCAUCGUCUUCAGCAAGGGCAUGUUCCCAGAGGUCUACGUCCCCACCGUGUUCGAGAACUACGUUGCAGAUGUCGAGGUAGAUGGUAAGAAGGUCGAGCUAGCUCUUUGGGAUACUGCUGGUCAAGAAGAUUACGAUCGACUCCGACCUCUUUCUUACCCCGACUCACACGUCAUCCUGAUCUGUUUCGCCAUCGACUCUCCUGAUUCUCUUGAUAAUGUACAAGAAAAGUGGAUCUCCGAAGUCCUCCACUUCUGUCAAGGUCUUCCAAUCAUCCUCGUCGCCUGUAAGAAGGAUCUCCGAGAUGACCCAAAGACCGUCCACGACCUCGCUAGAAUGAACCAAAAACCCGUUACCCGAGCCGAGGGUUUGGCUGUCGCUCAAAAGAUUGGUGCUCAAGGUUACGUUGAAUGUAGUGCCAAGCUCGGUGAAGGUGUCAAAGAAGUAUUCCAAACUGCAACAAGACAUGCUUUGAUGAGCAAGAAAUCAGGAAGAUCCAAGAAAGGAAAAGGUUGUGUCGUACUCUAA